AUGUAAUUUAUAUUAAUAUUGGUUCUCGCAUUCACUACACUUUCCUAAUAGACUGAUUAUGCUUUGUUGAUAAAAAAUUAAAAUACAUAGGCAUGGGAAAGAAUUGGUGAAAUGAAAAUACCUAGGUCUAACUUUUAAAAUGCACAAAUUGUCUUAAAUUAAAAUAAAUAGUAUAUUAUUGAUCGCAAAAAAAUUAAUGAAGUAAUAAUUGAUUGCUGAUUUUAGAAUAAUUAUGCAUUGUUGAAAUUGUAGAAUUAAUAAGAUGAAAAAUCAUAUAUUGCACAUAUUGAUGGAAAAUAAUUAUCUCUUUUUAAUUAGAAAUCCAAUUAUUAAGAAAUAAUUACUUUAGUUUUAUCUAAUAAUGAUUUAUUAUCAUUUGAUUAUUCAUUAAAGCCAAUAAAAAAAAAUGCAGAAACCUAUAUUUAAGUUAACAUCAAAGAAUUAGAAGUAGCUCCAUAAGGAUUAGUGCCAUAAUUUGAAGAAAAGUCUCCUGAGGAAGAAGAAUAAUAAAAACCUUAAGGUAUAUUUGGACUAAUAUUACAAUAUGUAAAUUUGAUUUUAUCUUAAUAAAUAGAAAUGGUAUAUCAUUAUUGGAUUUAUGGUCUUUUUCUUAGCUGGUUAGGCUGAUCCAUAAAAAUUAAAUGAGACUGUAUAAUAAGCUUAAGAAUAAGCAUAAGCUUAAAGAAGAAGAAAUAAAUGAGUAAAUUUAUUCAAAUGUUGU